AUGAGCAACAACGCUGCCGUCGCGGGCUCCUUGGAGGUGCGCCGUGCUGUGGGCCGUUGCACUGGUGGCUCCGGCUGCACCUGUGCCUCCCAAUCGGCGUCUCCGCUCCGUUCGCCGGCCGCCGGGUCUUCGUCCAGGAGCCGCUCGGCGAGGAGUGAGGACGGGGAGUCCGUCGACUCGUCGGAGAACCGCGACAGCGACGACAACGCGACAUCCGAGGACCAGAGCGACUCCAUCAUCCGUGAUGCUGUCCACGAGACCGAUUGGUCCGGCAUGCAUGUUGAUGAGGCUGAUCAGUGCCAGUUCAUCGAGUGGUUGGAUGAACCUUGGCCAGAACGGGUUCAGGCCUGCUUGAAGGAACCGUGGAAGGAGCUCAAGGUCACAAGGCGUUGUGAGGCCACCGCAAAUGAAGCUCUGAUUGAUGCUAUCCGCUGCAAUGACAUCGCAACAAAUGCAAGGGUCGAGCUGCAGGAGGAGGUGAACCGCACCAAACGAGUUGUUGAGUGCGUCUGCUUCACAUACCAUAGGAAGGCUGCCCUCGCUGCUGUGGACAAGAGAAAGAUGAUGUACCUGGUCUACUGCCUGCUUGGAGUGAUCGUGUUCCUGGUGGUGGCCAUCUUGUUCAAGACCAACUGA